AUGGAAGAAAAAGACAAGGAUGCGGUGAAGAUUCCAGAGGAGACGGCGAAGCUGGAAGAGAAGCGACUUGCAGUAAGCGAAUCUCGCGCAGGUAUCAAGAAAACCACCAUGGAAACCGAGUCAUGGCGCACCUGGCCUGAGGUGACGCUCAAGAUACACAGAGUCCCUUCUGUGGUGACUUUGGCAGACCUUCACAAAUGCUUUUCAAAACACGGCAAUGUGACCUUGCUGGAGUUGGACGAAGACAAGGAAGGAAAUCGCAAUGGAAACGCGAAGGUCCGAUUCGAGCCGCCUCCUAAGACGGCAUUCUGGACUCCCGUCAAUUAUGCUCUCACAUAUGGUCAGGGUAAGAGAGCGCGCAUCACUCUCGCGCUCUUCAUGCCGAAGAUCAAAUUCGAAGAUCUCACCGAGAGCCCAGCAAACCCGAAGAUAUUGUUGCAAACGAGAAUGAGUAUCGACGCUACACAGAUGAGCUUUGGAUCGCUUCUCCGAGAGAACGAGAUGAUGAUCCACAAGACUGUCCAGGACAACGUGAGGAUCGACAUGGACUUGGGCAGAAAGCAGCUCACGAUCACAUUCAACAUGCGGAAGGCAAGGCCUACACCAACGGCACAGACAAGCGCGAGCAGGAACGGAGCCCAGGAAGAUGGAGACGAAGAGGACCAGUUCCACCACUACCGUUGCACUGUCGCUUUUGCUCGCCUAACAAAGUUGUUUCGCGCAAAGACUGAGGAAGGCGCCACCACUCUCAUCGUUCCUCUUGAGCUGCCGGCAAUCUUCAGAACCAAGAGGGACCAAGAAAGUCUAGAAGAGAUGGCAGCAGGAAAGAUUUUUUGGGGUCCUUUGGAUAUGUGGGAGCGACGAAGCAUUAUUCUCGAAGACCGCCGUCUGCCAUCGAACUUCCCGGUAACCUUACAGACGGAGUUUGACGAUCCCGAUUUCAUCAACAUCGGCCGCUGGACGACGUUCAGAUUCAUCAUCGAUGAUACCAAGAAUCCCCUCGACAAGGCGCUGGAAGCGCUUCAUGCAUACAACAUUGAGACUAUCGCCCCAGACCACUUUCAAUCCACUGGACACCGAUCGGCUGUGCUUGCUACUCUAUACAGAAAGUCUUCCCAACUUGCCAAUGGUCUAUCUCUACAUCUACAGUCUCUCGCUUCUAGUCUUGACGCCCCGCCAGCUCUAGACUUUCAAGUCCAUUAUCAACUAGAAGUCUGCAUCUCUCGUGGCAUUUUCUGCGAAUAUUCGAUAACCCUGGAGUUUCUAAAUCGACUAAGAGCUCUCGACAAGGACCGAGCGAAAUGGACGCUUGAGUACUUCGCGGACCAGGGACAGAGAGUUUGGGACCCGAUGGAGAUCUUCGACGACGAAGAAGCCAACCUCUUCUUCCCCAAUCCAAUGAUGCCACACUACUGCAGCACGAUUCGCAAGAUUGUUGUCACGCCAACAACUGCGUACUACAGCUCUCCGGGCGUCGAGUCUUCCAACCGAGUCCUCCGCAAGUACAGCACUCACCAAGAUCGCUUUCUUCGAGUCCAGUUCACAGACGAGUUGUAUAAUGGCAAGAUAUACAGCGACUCUGGCGAUGAGCUCUUCAGCAGAGUGUAUCGUGCCUUGGCCAAGGGCAUCACCAUUGGAAGCCGACACUACGAAUUCCUCGCGUUCGGCAAUUCUCAGAUCAGAGAAUGUGCGGUCUACUUCUUUUGCCCGACCGAUCACCUGUCUUGCGACCAGAUUCGGGACUGGAUGGGCCAGUUCAGUCACAUCAAAAACGUGGCAAAAUACGCUGCGCGUAUCGGUCAGUGCUUUUCCACGACGAGAGAAAUCCGCGGCGUCACUAUCCCAAAAAUCGUUCCAAUCGAAGACAUCGAAAAGAAUGGCUUCUGCUUCAGCGACGGCGUCGGCAAGAUAUCACAAUUGCUUGCUAAGAUGGUCGUCCAAGAAAUGAGCGAUGAGGACUUUAACAUUGCGCCUUCCGCUUUCCAGUUUCGUAUGGGUGGUUGCAAGGGCAUGCUUACCGUCUGGCCUGAUGCGAAGAACUUGGAAGUUCACAUUCGGCCGUCCCAAGAGAAAUUCAAGGCGACGUUCAACGGCCUCGAAAUCAUCAAGUACGCACGACACUCGAUCGCCACUUUGAACAGGCAGACGAUCACAGUUUUGACAUCCCUUGGCGUCCGAGGAGAAACCAUCCUGAAGCUUGCGGAGUCCCAGAUCCAGAACUACCAGAAAGCCAUGAAUGAUCGAGUCGCAGCUGCGAGCCUUCUAGGGCAGUACAUUGACGAGAACUUGACAUCUCUGACGAUCAAAGACCUUGUCGCUUGGGGUUUCAUGGACCCCGAAAUCCAAGAGCCGUUUGUGCUGACGAUCUUGGAUCUUUGGAGAAUCUGGUCUAUGAAACUGCUCAAGGAAAAAGCUCGUGUGAUAAUUGAACAGAGCGCUUUUCUCCUUGGAUGCCUGGACGAGACAGGGGCCCUGUGUGGAUAUUACACGGCCAAUGAAGGGAAAAAGACGAAGAAAGUCGAAGAUCUUCCGCAAAUCUUCUUACAAGUCGAGAGUCCCAGCGGCAGUGGCAAGUUCACGUGUAUCACAGGACUUUGCGUGAUCGGACGCAACCCGUCCCUUCAUCCAGGCGACAUCCGAGUCGUGGAGGCAGUUGAUGUGCCUGUGCUCCAUCACCUAAGAAACGUUGUCGUCUUCCCCAGCACAGGGGAUCGUGACGUUCCCAGCAUGAUGUCCGGAGGAGACUUGGAUGGCGACGACUUCUUCGUUAUCUGGGACCCCGAUCUCAUCCCGGACGAUUGGCACCAACCGCCCAUGAACUACUCGCAGCCGGCACCGCCAGUUCUGCGGCGAGACGUGCAAGUCAAGGAUCUCCGAACCUUCUUUGUUCGAUACAUGCAGAACGACAGUCUCGCGUUGAUUGCAACAGCACACCUAGCCCACGCCGACAAGUCUGCGCAUGGAGUCAAGGAUAGGAAAUGUCUCCAACUAGCAGCACUGCACUCGAAGGCGGUCGACUACGUCAAGACCGGUGAUCCUGCAAAGCUUCCACCUCACCUAAACCCCAAGGAUCGCCCUCAUUUCCUAGGUGGCAGAGGCCGUGUAUACCACUCGUCAACCGCACUAGGAAAGCUGUACGACAUGAUACAGGACGUCGGGUUCAAACCUCUCUACGAGAAGAAAUUCGACAACAGAGUACUUGACCGCUUUGAGCUCUCCGAUGACUUGUUGUCCAAGGCUCGUGCGAUCAAGGUUCAGUAUGACACUGCGAUGAGACGCCUCAUGGGUCAGCGCGACAUUGACACCGAGUUCGAAAUCUGGACCGGGUUCGCAUUGUCUAAACCGCGCGUCGGUAGCGACUACAAGCAACAGGAAGAAAUCGGCAGGGAGUCAUCAAUGCUGAAGCAGCGGUUUCGCGAUAUAUGCUACACAGAGGCUGGCGGCAGAACCUUCGAGGACAUCGCGCCAUUCGUGGCGGCCAUGUAUAAAGUGACCCAGAUCGAGGUCAAUGCAGCCCUGGCAGAGGAGUACGAGGACGAGGAGCACAAGCGUCAAUCCAUGCCCCUGAUCACUUUCCCGUGGAUCUUUCACUGGAUCAUGGGCCGUAUCGCCACGGGCAAGGUCAAGACAAAGCCCACCAUCGACCCUGAGGCAGCGGCGCCGACCACGAUGAAGAUCCACGCCUUUCGCCGCGCGGACGAUGAGGCGGAGCCCGCGACGCAGAUUGAAGGCGGAGGAGAGGUCCACCGGGGCGACGAGGUCAAGAUCUUUGCCAGCCCCACGGACGACAACGAUGGCGACGAUGUUUCAGUGUCAUCCAAGUACGAGGACGCGACUGGUGGGGAGGAGGUACAUGUGGAGGACGAAGACAACGCCAUGGAUCUGUUCGACAAAUUGAUGGGCGGCGCCAUGGACUGA